AUGGAUGGGGUAAAUGUCUUAAUUGCUGUUCAGAAGGUGUACUACCCUCUACUGUGCAUUAUGGGAAUACCAGCUAACCUCUUCACCUUCUACAUGAUCUGCUUCCGUAAAUGUGGCAUGUCAGAGACAGCAACUGUUUACCUGGGCUGCCUAGCUUUGGUGGAUACCUUCUAUCUGGUGUGGGUGAUCCUUCUGGACCUGUGUCUUGUCUUCCUGCAGGUCCAGCCCUUCUGGCACUCCCAACCAUGGUGUGGCAUAAUGGGCGUACUGCAGUACGGUGCCCUUUACAGCUCAUCCUGGAUAGUCGUGAUGUUCACCAUAGAGCGCUAUCUGGUUCUGAGAAUCACUAUAGCCAAACAACGAUUCCACCAGGCCCGAACUGCUCUGUUCAUCUGCGUGACUAUUAUACUGCUGUCUCACAUUGCAUCAGUUCCCAUGAGCUGGAUCAAUACGGUCAAGCCAACUAAUAUCACCAUCAAAGGACAGAAUAUCACUGUACCGCGGUGUCGCUAUAGGGAUGAGUUGUAUGCCACGGUUCUGGUCUGGGUCACCACUUUUCUCUCAGGUGGAAUUCCCAUUGUUCUCAUCAUCAUUUUUAACUCGCUGAUCGCGCAUCAUCUGAACUGUUCCAGUCAGCUGUUCACCAAGGAGGAGCGGAGGGCAAUCAGGGGUAAGAGUACACGUGGCGUAGUCCGACGCACCAUCCUUUUGCUUGGGACGGUCUCCAUAGCCUUUGUGGUACUCAGCCUUCCUCGAUUUGUUACGUAUUGCAUCCUUCGCACAAAAUACAACUACACAGAGUUUGACCGCAGUGACUACAGCAUGACCAUCAACGUUGUUAGCGAUCUGGCCAACAUGCUGCAGAACCUAAACUCAACCACCAACUUCCUGCUCUACUGCAUGGUCAGUAGGAGCUUCAGGCAGGAGCUGGUGAACACACUGACCUGCCAGGCCAGAACCAGAGAGCCAAGCUCAGUCCUUAACCAGACAACCAGGACGGUGAAGGUCUUCUCAGUGGUGGACCACAAAGAGACGCUGAUCGUAGAUCCUGUCCAUGCUGUCCUUACGAGGCUAAGAAGAACCGAGGGGAGCUAA